UCUCAUGCUUAUUCUUCUUUAUCUUUUUUAUAACAACUUCUUUCACCUUUUUUUUCCUCUCUAUCAAUCAUUAAGACCAUGAACAAAGUUGAUAAAUCUCAAGUUAUAGUUCUCUCAUUCUUAGCUUUUCUCCUUGUGAUCACACACUUUUUACCUUCCUCUCUGAGACCUAGUUACCUUUACUUAAUCUUCAACAUCCUUAUCAUUGCACUUGCUGCUCAAGCCGGACUUCUCUCAGCAUUCUCUGAGCCUUCAGAAGACACAAAACAUCAUCUUUUUGUGUCUUCCAACCAGAAACAUUAUGCAAUGCAAGAAUCGGAAGAGAAGGAAGCUUCAAACAUAAAACAUGCAAAUUCUGUCACAGAAGAACAAAAAGUUAAGAAGCCUAAGGUUGUUGAAAAAUCUGCAUCUGAGAAGAAGAUUGGUUUUGUUGGUGAAAGUAAAGUUGAUAAAGUUAAAAAGUGUCCAUCAAUGCCAAGUAUUUUUUAUAUAGAAGAUGGAGAAGAUGUCUUUGAAGUGAAUAAGAAUGAAGAGGUUGAAGUAGAAGAUGAGAUUUGUGGUGUUAAUGGUCAAGAACUCUUUGCAAAAGCUGAGGCUUUUAUUGGAAACUUCUAUAAGCAGUUGAAGAUGCAGAGAGAGUAUUGUCGUGUUUCUUAAGAAGCAUAUUUAGGACUUAAUUAGCUUUUUCUUUCUUUCUAAAGACUGAAUAAUUUUGUAGUUGAUGAGUAUCCAUUGUACAGAUUUUGAGGUGGAAUUAGAA